CAUACGGUUAAAAGAUCCGCGGCUCGUUUAAACAUCAGCAAACAUCAGCAUGUACUCGAGUAAAAGUGACGGGCCGCGCAGGGGAAGAUCCUUUGACUCCAUGAACCUCGGACUGACUUUGGAGGAGAAGCAGCUUAAUAAUGAAAUGAACAAAUCUGCUUUCACGAAGAUCGAGGAGAAUAAAGACAACAAAACGGAGUCUUCAGAGAGAGGCCGGGCUGCAGUUGUGUUUUCCCUGAAAAAUGAAGUCGGUGGGCUCGUCAAGGCUCUAAAGCUUUUCCAGGAAAACCAUGUAAACCUGGUGCACAUUGAGUCCCGGAAAUCCAAAAGGCGUAACUCAGAGUUUGAAAUCUUCGUGGACUGCGACAGCAACCGUGAACAACUGCACGAGAUCAUUCAGCUGCUGAGAAAACACGUUAACGUGGUGGAGAUGGAUGCGCCUGACAACCGGCUGCCAGAGGAAAGCGAGAUGGAGAAUGUGCCGUGGUUUCCGAAGAAGAUUUCAGAUCUGGAUAAAUGUGCGAACCGUGUGUUGAUGUAUGGAUCAGAUCUAGAUGCAGAUCAUCCUGGAUUCAAGGACAAUGUCUAUCGCAAAAGGAGAAAGUACUUUGCAGACUUGGCUAUGAGCUACAAACAUGGAGAUCCUAUCCCCCGUAUCGAGUUCACUGAGGAGGAGGUGAAGACGUGGGGCGUAGUGUUCAGAGAGCUGAAUAAACUCUAUCCCUCACACGCGUGCCGCGAGUACUUGAAGAACCUGCCGCUGCUCAUCAAACACUGUGACUCCCGUGAAGACAACAUCCCUCAGCUGGAGGACGUCUCACGCUUCCUCAAAGAGAGAACAGGCUUCACCAUCAGGCCUGUGGCGGGAUAUUUGUCUCCUCGAGACUUUCUGGCAGGAUUGGCUUUCCGCGUUUUUCACUGCACUCAGUAUGUCAGGCACAGUUCAGACCCGCUCUACACACCUGAGCCAGACACAUGUCAUGAGCUGCUCGGACACGUUCCUCUUCUGGCGGAGCCCAGUUUUGCUCAGUUCAGUCAGGAGAUUGGUCUGGCUUCACUGGGAGCCUCAGAUGACUCCAUACAGAAACUUGCCACCUGUUAUUUCUUCACUGUGGAGUUCGGGCUCUGUAAGCAGGAAGGGAAACUGAGAGCUUAUGGAGCAGGUCUGCUGUCCUCUAUCAGCGAGCUGAAGCAUGCACUGUCCGGAAAUGCCAGGAUCUUGCCUUUUGACCCCAACGUGACCUGCAAACAGGAGUGCAUCAUUACCACAUUUCAGGACGUCUACUUCAUGUCAGACUCCUUUGAGGAAGCAAAAGUCAAAAUGAGGGAAUUUGCAAAGACCAUCAAGCGGCCAUUUUCAGUACGUUAUAACCCAUACACACAGAGCGUGGACGUUUUAAAAGACACAACAAGCAUCAACAACGUGGUGGAAGAACUGAGACACGAGCUGGACAUCAUAGGAGAUGCAUUAAGCAGGCUAAACAAACAACUGGGAGUCUGAAAAACUACAUAUCCCAGCAAAUCACCCAGUCACAAGUUCAUUUGUUUUGUCACACUUCAAUGUAUGGCAUCACUAGUGUGCUGUAUGUACCUACCAAAGUCAAAUCCUAUAUUUUUCCUAUAUUUAUAUUUUUAGUUUGGCUCUUGUUUGAUUUAAUAUGUGAUUCAGCAAAAGCUUGCAGGAAAUUCUUGUUUUAUUUGUGUGAUUUCUAUUUGAGAAGCUGGUAUUUAUGCAUGGUGACCACAACGAAUACGGUUGAGAUGAGAUUAUUAGUCAAAGUUGAUGUCUGCUAAUUUAUUGGUGGUUUCAGUUAGCAUUUACCUGAUUUGUUUAAAAUUUGGCACCUUAUCUGAUAGAUAUUUUAGUAAUUGGCUUUCUAUUUUAUUUGU